GGAGCUUGAAACUGACUGGGAACUUCCGUGGCUCAGCGACUUGCCAGUUUCACCCCAGGAACUUGUCUUUGCAGGAGAAGAAAAGGGGAACAAACGUCCCCGCUUUAGCUCUUUCUUCCCCUCCUCCUUCUCCUCUUCUUCCUCACCAAUUCGCCUUCCCCCCACUUGGAGCGGGCAGCUGCGGGCUGGCCACCCCGUGCCUUCCUAAGUGCUCGCCACCACAGCCGGGUGAGGUGCCAGGCUCCCCGGGAGCCGCUCGCUCCGCGUCCGGGCAGCCGAGGGGAGAGGAGCCCGCGCCUCGAAUCCCCGAGCCGCAGCUGCUUCUCGCCUUUCCCGGCCACCCGCCCCCUGCCCUGGGCCCGCGUAUGAAUCUCCUGGACCCCUUCAUGAAAAUGACCGACGAGCAGGAGAAGGGCCUGUCCGGUGCCCCCAGCCCCACCAUGUCCGAGGACUCGGCUGGUUCUCCCUGCCCUUCGGGAUCCGGCUCUGACACGGAGAACACGCGGCCCCAGGAGAACACGUUCCCCAAGGGCGAGCCAGACCUGAAGAAGGAGAGCGAGGAGGACAAGUUCCCCGUGUGCAUCCGUGAGGCCGUCAGCCAGGUGCUCAAGGGCUACGACUGGACGCUGGUCCCCAUGCCCGUGCGCGUCAACGGCUCCAGCAAGAACAAGCCGCACGUCAAGCGGCCCAUGAACGCCUUCAUGGUGUGGGCACAGGCGGCGCGCAGGAAGCUGGCGGACCAGUACCCGCACCUGCACAACGCCGAGCUCAGCAAGACACUCGGCAAGCUCUGGAGACUGCUGAACGAGAGCGAGAAGCGGCCCUUCGUGGAGGAGGCGGAGCGGCUGCGCGUGCAGCACAAGAAGGACCACCCGGAUUACAAGUACCAGCCCCGGCGAAGGAAGUCGGUGAAGAACGGACAGACGGAGGCGGAGGAGGCCACGGAGCAGACGCACAUCUCCCCCAACGCCAUCUUCAAGGCGCUGCAGGCCGACUCGCCGCACUCCUCCUCCGGCAUGAGUGAGGUGCACUCCCCCGGCGAGCAGUCGGGGCAAUCCCAGGGCCCACCGACGCCACCCACCACCCCCAAAACCGACGUGCAGCCGGGUAAGGCUGACCUGAAGCGAGAGGGGCGCCCCCUGCCGGAGGGGGGCAGACAACCCCCCAUAGACUUCCGCGACGUGGAUAUCGGCGAGCUGAGCAGCGACGUCAUCUCCAACAUCGAGACCUUCGAUGUCAACGAAUUUGACCAGUACCUGCCGCCCAAUGGCCACCCGGGGGUGCCGGCCACGCACGGCCAGGUCACCUACACUGGCAGCUACGGCAUCAGCAGCACAGCGGCGACCCCGGCGGGUGCGGGCCACGUGUGGAUGUCCAAGCAGCAGGCGCCGCCGCCGCCGCCCCCGCAGCAGCCCCAGCAGGCCCCGCAGGCCCCGCAGGCGCCCCCGCAGCCGCAGCCGGCGCCCCCGCAGCAGCAGCCGGCGCCCCCACAGCAGCAGCAGGCGCACACGCUGACCACGCUGAGCAGCGAGCCGGGCCAGUCCCAGCGAACACACAUCAAGACGGAGCAGCUGAGUCCCAGCCACUACAGUGAGCAGCAACAGCACUCCCCGCAGCAGAUCGCUUACAGCCCCUUCAACCUCCCGCACUACAGCCCCUCCUACCCGCCCAUCACCCGCUCGCAGUACGACUACACAGACCACCAGAACUCCGGCUCCUACUACAGCCACGCGGCCGGCCAGGGUUCCGGCCUCUACUCCACCUUCACCUACAUGAACCCGGCGCAGCGGCCCAUGUACACCCCCAUCGCCGACACCUCCGGGGUCCCUUCCAUCCCGCAGACCCACAGCCCCCAGCACUGGGAACAGCCCGUGUACACACAGCUCACCAGACCUUGAGAUCUUACACAAAGGGUGAUGAUUGGCGUGAUGAUCAGAAAAAUGAACCGAAGAAAGAAAUAACCAGAACUUCCUUUGGCAAGUUUUUUUUUUUUCUUAAUUCCUUCAAGACAUUUAAGCUAAAGGCAACUCAUACCCAGAUUCCAAGACAGAAACAUUAGCUACCCAAACGCGUUACCACGGCGUUGCGAGUCAGUGGCCAGGCCACUCUUGGCUAGAUGGACCAGCGGAAUCGACAAGAAACUGAGCUUGAAAACCUUCGAAGCAAGCGUGGAGGAUGAUGGGAGGAUCGUGUGACCAAUUUGCUCAAUCUCUCUGCCUGUUUGGACUUUGUAAUUAUUUUUUAGCAGUAAUUAAAGAAAAAAGUCCUCUGUGAGGAGUAUUCUCUAUUUUAAAUAUUUUUAGUAUGUACUGUGUAUGAUUCAUUACCAUUUUGAGGGGAUUUAUACAUAUUUUUAGAUAAAAAAUUAAAUGCUCUUAUUUUUCCAACAGCUAAACUACUUAGUUGAACAGUGUGCCCUAGCUUUUCUUGCAACCAGAGAAUUUUUGUACAGAUUUGCUUUCUCUUACAAAAAAAAAAAAUGUGUGUGUGUUGUAUUAACAUAGAAAAAACACAAAUUUGUGUUAUGAGAUCAGUUUGAGGAGUUAGCUUUGCUUAAUGCCUCAGGCUUUCUGAUUCAAAGAGGAGCUGCCUUAGGAAAAUAAAGGCCUUAUUUUGCAAAUAUGGAAGUACACGUUAGUCUAGAGAAGCAUUUGGUAAGCUUUAUCAUAUAUAUUUUUUUUAAAACGAGAAAAACACCUUGAGCCUUAAAACCAUGCUGCUGAAAAAUACUCGCGCUCUUUUAGUGCAUUUCCUCCUGUAUUUGCUUGUUCAUUGCAGUCGUAAGAAAGAAGAAGCAAAAGUCAAGCAAAAAGGAGACGAAAUCUGUUUUGGGCAUGUUUCAGCAGCCAGUUAAGUGCCCCAGCACACUGCCCCCUGGUUGCCUGCCCUGCCCCAUGUGGAACACAGAUGCUAGAAUCCUCUCACUUACACUGUCACCUGUGCCUCUCUGAACACCAGCGGUUAACCUUCAAGACAUUCCACGUGCUAAAAUUAUUUAUUUUGUAAGGAGAGGUUUUAAUUAAAAAAAAAAAAGCUUCCUUUUUUUUUGUUUUGUUUUUAAAAUUUACCUUCUUUAAAAUAGGUUGUUGGAGCCUUCCUCAAAGGGUAUGGUCAUCUGUUGUUAAAUUAUGUUCUUAACUGUAACCAGUUUUUUUUUAUUUAUCUCUUUAAUCUUUUUUAUUAUUAAAAGCAAGUUUCUUUGGAUUCCUUGUCCUAGAUUUGUAUAAAUGCCUUUUUGUCCGUCUUUUUUUUUCUUUGUUUUUGUUGAAAACAAACUGGAAACUUGUUUCUCUUUUUGUACAAAUGAGAGGUUGCAAAUGUAGUGUAUCACUGAGUCAUUUGCAGUGUUUUCUGCCACAGAUCUUUGGGCUGCCUAAGUGUGUGUGUGUGUGUGUGUGUGUGUGUGUGUGUGUGUGUGUGUGUGUGUGGUUAUACAAAACAAUGCAAGCGUGUAUAUUCCCCUGCAUGUUCUCUUGGAGAGAGGGAGGAAAGGGGGAGGGGUUCGGCCCACUGACAGACCUGAAUUCUUAAUUACAUCUGUGGCUGGAGAGUUUGAGGAUUGCUUUUUAAAAAAGACAGCAAACUUUUUUUUUUUAUUUAAAAAAAGAUAUAUUAACAGUUUAGAAGUCAGUAGAAUAAAAUCUUAAAGCACUCUUAUAAUAUGGCAUCUUUCAAUUUCUGUAUAAAAGCAGAUCUUUUAAAAAGUAUUUCUGUAACUUAAAAAACCUGGCAUUUAAAUCAUAUUUUGUCUUUAGGUAAGGUUUGGUUUGUGUUUGUGUUUUGUUUGUUUCCUUGUUCCCCCGCAGACCUUUUGUUCUCUCUGUGAAACUUUCCUUUUUUUUCUUUCUUUUUUUGUAUAUUAUUGUUUACAAUAAAUAUACAUUGCAUUAAAAAGAAAA